AUGGGGAUGAAACUCAGACUUGGUGAUUCCAAAGAGCAUGAUGAAGAAAAGCACCCACUUCUGUUAAACAUGGCGGUGCCAGAAGCUGAGAGGAGCCUGAUUCAGAAAGCCAUGAACCAGACAUUUCAGAGCUCAGCUCAUUUGGCGAAUCUUCUGCCUACAGGCUCGGUACUUGCUUUCCAGCUUCUGUCACCAAUCUUCACAAAUCUAGGAAUAUGUGACUCAGUGAGCCGGUUCAUGACUGCAGGACUUGUAGCUCUCUGUGGAGCCUCGUGCUUCUUGCUAUGCUUCACCGAUAGCUUCAGAGACUACAAGGGAAACAUAUGUUAUGGCUUUGCCACUUUCAAUGGCUUGUGGGUUAUCGAUGGAUCAACCACACUUCCACUUGAACUUGCUGCAAAAUAUCGCCUGAGGUUUAUAGAUUUCAUGCAUGCAGUAAUGUCAGUACUAGUAUUUGCUGCAAUUGCGAUGUUUGAUCAGAAUGUGGUCAACUGCUUCUUUCCGGAACCAUCAAACCAGACACAGGAGGUCCUCACAUCAUUGCCUGUGGGCAUAGGCGUUAUUUGCAGCAUGUUGUUUGUUGUAUUUCCAACACACAGACAUGGAAUUGGCUUCCCCCUUUCCACAAACUAAUAAGUUUUGAGUUCUUUUUUGUAUCUUUGUAUCACUUGCCCUUGGAGCACAUUCAGGAAUUUGACAGGUUAUUGAAAUCAGAACCACAGCUAUUUUAUGGAUUUUUUUGUUUGGAACAAAUUAUACAAUGAGUCAAAAGAUUUGUACA